CAUCGCGCACUCAAAUCACCAACGGCAGAAUGUAUCAGAUAACCGUGAUGUUCCGACCGCAACAUCAAACAACAAAACCCCGCUCUUCUGCUUGGGACGUCGCAUGCGGGGAAGGUGCAACCCAGCGCAGUGCCUAUCACAGUGAAACGGUCUUGUUUCGUCCACCCUGCUGGUCCUCACCACCGACAGCCGCUGGUGAGACGAAAACCUUCGUCGUCCAAUUGGUUCACUUGUCAACUUUCGCCAACGACUCGCGCUCAGUUUCAGUCGGAGCCAAAGCAACUCAAGUCAAGUCUUCCUAGGCAAACUCAUUGAUCAUGUCGACCGGGCCCACUUCCACGAUGCCGAACCUGCAGUCCUUGUCGCCUGUGACCAUCACACCCACUCGGAUUUCCAAAUCGUCGGAGCCGCUUGCGUUCUUGGAAAAGAUCGGUCACGUCGAGAUCAAUCGCACCAUUGUGCGGGGCGGUGUCGUGUACUACGUGCUGGACGUGUAUCUCGAACACAGCACGUCGCGCAUCCCGACCAACAAGUCCACCACCACAGGCCGACCCGACUAUCAGUUGCAGCGCCGUUUCAACGAUUUCGCCAAUCUCCGCUAUCAGGUGUGGGCGUACGCACAGCGCAAACAUCGGGACGGAUGCGCUUGCAAGUACUGCGACGCGUUCAUGAGCUACGUCGUGCAUUCGAUGUCCCAGCCGCGGUUAUUCGUCAAACUGGCCACCGGUGUGGACACGCGCAAGAAGCUGAUGGCGACAUUCUGCAACGAGUUCCUCAGCAUGACCAUCGGUGGCAAGACCGAGCCCAGACCUCGCAAUAUCGCGUGUGACGGCUUUCAAGCCAUCCCGUACGUAAUGGAGCGCUUUUUCCGCAAAGAGACGUAGUCUUCUUUUUGAAGGUGACCUGAAAUCGAUCGAAGAUUUCAGUUAGUAUGGGCGGACAUGCAGAUAUGUAUUCAUAUUUAUUUCCUAGACGAGGAACUGCAACCGAGCAUCUAAAGGCCAGGGGUUCGAUGGAAGACCCCGGGCUCCAGUAUCCUCAAUACAACAAUAUCACUUUUCUGACGCUUGCUGUAAACGGCGACAAGCAUUUCGAGCUCAACUUUAACGGAGGUGAUAUCUACUAGUUAUGAAUCUAGCACUAGCGACUCGGGGAAUCAAACCUGCACUGUAAGACAUUAAAGUUUUGUUACAUGU